AUGGAUUCUUCUUCUGUGGUAGGAAUUUUAGGAGGUGGUCAGUUAGGCCGAAUGAUGUUAGAGGCUGCUCAUCGUUUAAAUAUUCGUUGUGUCGUAGUUGACGCUCCAAACUGCCCAGCAAAACAGAUUGACGGUGGUCGUGAUCAUAUUGAUGCUUCUUUCCGUGAUGAAAAUGCGAUCGCAGAACUUGCCAAAAAAUGUACAGUAGUCACCACUGAAAUUGAGCACAUCAACACCAAUGCUCUGGAGUCUAUCUCGUCUACCGUCUCUGUAGAGCCUGCUUAUUCUACUUUAAGAUGCAUUCAAGACAAGUACUUACAGAAACAGCAUCUUCAAACAUUCCAUGUUGCUUUACCCGAGUUUUGGGAUGCUCCUAAUCAAGCUGCAGUUGAGACUGCCGGACAAAAGGUUGGUUAUCCGUUUGUUCUUAAGAGCAAGACUCUCGCUUAUGAUGGAAGAGGAAACUACGUUGUUCGUCAACCCCAAGAGAUUCCUGAGGGUAUUAAGGCAUUAGGAGAUCGCCCUCUGUAUGUCGAAAAAUUCGUUCCUUUCUCAAUGGAGAUCGCCGUAAUGGUGGUUCGUACUUUAGAUGGUAACGUCUAUGCUUACCCUACUACGGAAACUAUACAAAAAGACAACAUUUGUCAUUUGGUUUACGCUCCCGCCCGUCUCCCUCAUCAUCUUCAAAAGCGUGCCCAAACCCUUGCCAUGGAUGCUGUUCGUACCUUCAAGGGUGCUGGCAUUUAUGGUGUAGAAAUGUUCGUACUACAAGAUGGAGAAACUGUCUUGUUGAACGAAAUUGCCCCUCGUCCUCAUAAUUCUGGCCAUUAUACAAUCGAAGCCUGUCCUACUUCCCAGUUUGAAGCACAUAUCCGCGCAAUUACAGGUCUCCCUUUCACCGAAGCCAACACCCGUUUAAGUACUGCAACUACACAUGCUCUUAUGGUAAACUUGCUUGGUGGUGAAGACCCCAACUACGUUUUUCGAAUUGCAAAGCGCUCUCUUUUAAUACCCGGUGCUACUUUGCACUUGUACGGAAAAGGUGAAUCCAGAAAAGGAAGAAAGAUGGGUCAUAUUACCAUUGUUGCCGACUCUUCUCAAGAAUGCGAACGCAGAUACGAAAUGUUGAUAGAGGAAGAAGAAAAGGCUCAGGCUCCCUCCGAGCCUCCCAUGGUUGGAAUUAUCAUGGGUUCCGAUUCUGAUUUGUCUAAAAUGAAGGAUGCUGCUAUUAUCUUGGAUCAAUUUAAAGUCCCCUAUGAAGUAACUAUUGUGUCUGCUCAUCGCACCCCUGAACGAAUGGUCACCUACGCUCGUUCUGCUGCUUCCCGUGGUCUUCGAGCUAUUAUAGCAGGCGCUGGAGGUGCUGCUCAUUUGCCCGGUAUGGUUGCAGCAAUGACUCCUUUACCUGUAAUUGGUGUUCCUGUUAAAGGAAGCUCUUUAGAUGGUGUUGAUUCUCUCCAUUCCAUCGUUCAAAUGCCACGAGGCGUGCCUGUUGCCACUGUUGCUAUCAACAACAGCACGAACGCCGGUCUUCUGGCUUGCCGUAUAUUGGCAUCUUUUCGCCCUGAUUUGUUGCACGCUUUGGAAGAAUAUAUGGAUAAUAUGCGUGAUGUAGUGCUUGAAAAAGCCGACCGCUUAGAGCAAAGUGGGUGGAAAAAUUACACAGUAUAA